AUGUCCAAUAUCAUCAUGGAUAAAAACAUGGAUGGCCGCCACGUGUUCAACCCCCCGCGCCCUCUAGCCCCUCCCGUCCGCCUGUGGCCUCUGAUUGGUCAGUGUCCUCUGACGUAUCUGCGAUCAGCUGUUUUAUGCAACAACAACAGCUCUGCAGCACACAGGAGAAACACACACAGGACACACACAGGGGCGGCCAGAACCACACGAUCCAGCCCGACACACGCACGCAAACCCCCGCGAGGCCAACAACCUCACCCCGCUGCCCCUCCAGGCUGCUCCCGGGGUUCUCCUGAGGCUUCUCCCGGGGCCAGGCUCCAGACUGCGGCCUCAUCGUCGAUCUCCUGCUACUCUGUGGCUCCGCCCCCUCACUUCCUUAUAAGGUGCUGUCUUCCUGCAGCUCAUGACCAAAGAUCUCACUGCCCUGCCCUCGGCUCGGACUCUGGCCUCGACACCAGCAAGACCGAGACCCAGGGAUCCCAGUCCGAGGAGGUCCAGGGAUCCCAGUCCGAGGAGGUCCAGGGAUCCCAGUCCGAGGAGGUCCAGGGAUCCCAGUCCGAGGGGGUCCAGGGAUCCCAGUCCGAGGGGGUCCAGGGAUCCCAGUCCGAGGAGGUCCAGGGAUCCCAGUCCGAGGGGGUCCAGGGAUCCCAGUCCGAGGGGGUCCAGGGAUCUCCGUCCGAGGGGGUCCAGGGAUCCCAGCCCGAGGAGGCAGAAGAGGACUGGAUCCUCCUGAACUACCAGAGUGAGUCCUACAAACCACUGGGUUAA